AAUGUACUGAUUGACAUAUGUCAUUAUAAGUCACUUUAUGUUCCAAUCCGUCUUUUAAUCAAUUGUCUCUAAACAGUGUUUAUAGUAGACAAGUGUAGGAACCGGAAAGUAUUAUUUACAUACAUACAUCGAGAUGGCUAGAGGUGGAAUGCGUGGUCGAGGCGGCAUGAAUCGAAGCGUUGGUGGACGUCCUCCAUUUAAAGUAAAGAUGUUUUUGCCUAGACAUCCCUUCGAUUUGGCCCUUUGUGAAUCAUCAUUUCCCCGUACGAAAGCAGCCCCUGACGACUCGGCGUUUACACAAGCUCUCUUGAAGCGAAAUGCAGAUUUAUCUCCUACACCUCAUGAACAAACCGCUAUUUUAAAUCUUGUCACCAAAAUUCAAACAGUUUUGGACAACUUGGUUGUGGCACCUGGAAAUUUCGAUGCUUGUCAACUUGAUGAAGUUCGACAAGUGGGUUCUUUUAAGAAGGGAACCAUGCUUGCUGGUCACAACAUUGCAGAUAUAGUUGUUAUUCUCAAAACACUUCCAACUAGAGAAGCGGUAGAAGCAUUGGGUAACAAAGUACGUGAUGACCUUCGUAAUCUUAUGAAAAAUGAAAUUGUUCAAAAGGGGGAACAGCUUCAACACACUACGAAUGAAAGGGGAAUCGAAAUCAGCAAUGCAUUUGCUUGUGUCAGAGUAAUGGUUACCACGGUACAUCAUAAUAUAAGAAAAUUAGAUCCUGAAAUUCAUUUGGAUCAAAAAAUCAUGUUGAGUCAUCUAGCAGCAAUUCGUCAUAGUAGAUGGUUUGAAGAAAAUGCUCAUCACUCGUCUAUUAAAGUUCUGAUUCGUUUAUUGAGAGACGUUCGGAAUCGAAAUGAAGGUUUUGAACCUUUGACACCUUGGAUGUUAGAUCUUUUAGCUCAUUUUGCUAUAAUGCACAAUCCAAGUAGGCAAGCUUUACCAUUAAAUGUUGCUUUCCGAAGGGUCUUCCAGCUUCUCGCUGCUGGUCUCUUCCUCCCAGGUUCGGCAGGUAUUACAGACCCGUGUGAAGGUGUUAGCCUUAGAAUACACACAGCAAUGACAUUAGAACAACAAGAUAUAUGUUGUUUAACAGCCCAAUCUGUAGUUAGAGUGUUAGCUCACGGAGGCUAUAAACAUAUCCUUGGUUUGGAAGGUAAUGCUAACAUAGCCCAAGAGUUGACAGUUUGGGAUGGAAUUGUAGUUUCUCCAUUAGACAAAGCUUAUGAAAAUCCACCAGAAAAGAAAGAUGGAGAUGAAGAUGAGGAUAUGGAGGCAGAUGGAGAUGAAAAUAUGGAAACUCAAGAUGCAUAGUUUAUUGAAUUAUUUGGUAAUUCUGUUAACAGGAAUCAAUCAAGUUGUGAAUUGAAAGUGCAAAACUUUACACUAAUUCACAGUCAAUUUCAGUUUAAAUAUAAUCUUUAUUUAUCAUAAGAUUUACUUUUUGUAAAAUUUCUAAUUGUACUUUUGAUAUUUGUUUAUGUGAAUGGUACAAAUAAUUUGGACUGUCCUAUGAUUAAAAUACAAUAUAAAUUCGAAUUAAGUUGAAUGUAAUUUGAUGAAAUAUUUCCUUUAUAGUUCAAAAGAAUCACAAUGGAUUUUGUCGAAUAAUGUACUAAAGAACUGCACAACUUUGACAAAAAAUAACAUAACAAAAGUUUUCUUUAAAUGUAAGUAGGUUUGUACUGUCCCAUAAGUGAGAAAAUUAUUGUAUCAAAUUUUUUCACAUGAAAUUUCUUAUUCUGGAAUGAACACCGUAUUUUUGUUAUAGAGAAGACUUUUGAUAUUCCGACUUAAUAUUGUCUUUUUCAAAAUAUUAAUCAACAUUAACAAUAAACUCUAGUAUAAGAAUUAAUAUAUCUAUUCCAUGAAUAUCAAAAUAUCAACUUUAAAAAGAAAUUCAAUCAACCCUGGUCGUUUCCAGAUAGUUAAAAAUGUUAUGGUAGAACAAGCAAUUUUUGAUGAAAUUGAUGCACACGUGGAAACAAGCACUAGAAAAAUUUCCAAACCCUAAAUAUCAGUCAUUCAUUUCUUUGAUGAGUGUUAAAAGGGCAGCUAUUAUAGCCUAACUACAUGGCGUGUGAUGAUUGAUGAUUUUUUUGCCAAAAAUGGAGGAAUUGAACAUGUCUGUGGUUUCGACAAGACGGUGCCAUAUGCCACACAACACGCGAAGCAAUGGCCAAAUUCAGAGCCACCUUCGGUGAACAGUUCAUCUAACGUUUGGGGCCCGUCCAUUGGCCGCCUAGAUCGUGUGAUUUAACGCCUUUGGACUAUUUCUUGUGGGGCCAUGUUAAGGAUAAUGUCUACAGGGAUAAACCAGCAAAGAUUGACGCACUGGAAGCCAAUAUUGAAGCAUUUAAUCGUGAAAUACCGGCCGAUAUGUUGGAGAGCGUGUGCCAAAAUUGGACCUUGCUCAUGGGCUAUCUAAAACGGAGCCGCGGCUAACAUUUGCAUGAAAUCAUCUUCAAACAUUAAAUUAUACUGAUUGUUCCAUCCAAUAAAGAUUUCACCAAUUUUUGUGGUUUUUUAAC